AUGAGGACCGAGAAGAGAAUGAGGCACAGCUCCUGCAACACAGAGUUGAUGGACCUUCCCAUUGAAAUCCUUAUCAACAUCCUUUUGAGACUGCCCGUAAAUUCGCUUCGUAGCAUCCAGUGUGUAUCUAAGGCAUUCUUAGACACGGUUGACGACCUCUCUUUUGUUACACUGCACACGCAUCGUUUACUUAGUAGUAGUACUGAUUGUACCAGUAAUGUUCCUCGUCAAGUACCUCGACUUAUGCUUCUCAUCGAAUCCUCGAAAGGUAAAGGAAAUAUUACGCACCCAUUAAUAUACCAUGGCGACAACACCACCUUGAGAAAGAUCAAACAUGGAAAUAUUUCUAGGGUUUGGUCCAGGCUUCCAUAUAUCUUGUCUUCUGCUUUUUGCAACUUAUUUUUAUUUCGAGGGAAGAUCAGUUCCAAAGCAUACCUACCUUUCCUAUUGGAUCCUCUUAAGGGGGAAGUUCUAAUGCUCCCUGCAGCCAAUAAUACAGGUCUCAGCUGCCAAUGUGAUUCGUACGGCAUGGGAUUUGACAGCUUAACGAACAACUUCAAGGUUGUUCGUAUUUCCCAACAUACCAAUGAGAAACCUUCGUGCAACAAAAUGGUGAAAAUGGUAUCGGUGGCCGAAGUUCUUGUUCUUGGCACAAGCUCAUGGCUAGAGAUAUAUUCAGUUCUUCCUCCUUGCCUCCGGUUCUCCAACGAAAUAGCAUCGGCACAUGGAGACACGCAUUGGUUGGUUCUUCGUCCAAAUGAGUAUUCAACUGUUCAAGCAGAAAGCGAUCUACCAAGUAUACUUUCUUUCGACUUCAAGAAAGAGGAGUUUUAUUGGACUCCUCACCCCACCUUAGAAAAAAAGUCAGGUACCUCGCUCGCGCUUUUUCACUUGCUAAACUUGAGAGGAUCAUUAGCCCUAGUGGAUGGUUCGUCAGAUAUUCAUAUGGAGAUAUGGGGAUUGAAAAACUAUGACAAGAAAGAGUGGGUGCUGAACUACAAAAUAGAUAUGAAACAUCCUUUUCGGAACCUUCAUGUGUCGGCAUGUGGUGAAUGGGAGCACGGUAUAUUUUUCCAGGAUACUUGCUAUGAUCACACCAAUAGAAGUAUAUUCUUCUUGGAUCUGACAAGUAUUUCCAUGAAUCUUGCAAAACUGGAAGGUAGUAAGUAUUAUAAGAGGAUCUUUACUUGUACCGAGAGCUUGAUGUCUCUCAGGAAUUAUGGAGAUUUGAGAACCGGGCUAAAGUUGGAAACGCAAGCGGGAGAGAUUUGGUUUACUUUAGAAGAUCAAGAAAACCAAAAUGAUGAAAAAUGUCUAAAAGAUUAUUAA